AUGAUUCCAGAAUCCGAACGAGGCUUCAACUACACUCUGACACGAGACAAGUUGGCUAUGAAUCUUGGCUCCCCACCAAGAAAGGUCAAGAAUGUAACACCAGCGUCUCCACCACCCGCACCUGCGACAAACACAACAACAACGAGACCACAGCCAGCGUCGGACACGACACCUUUUCCUCCGUUCGAGUCGUACGAACCAACGAGAUAUGAACUGUCUGCAGAAAGCGACUACCGCGUCGCGACACUCGAAGCCCAAGUCGCAAGUCUGACAAGCAAAGGCGUCGAAGCUGCCGACCGCCUCGCCGAAUACGAAGAAGAAAUUCGCAACCUCAAGACCAGCCAGAACCCUCGCAACGACUCUGCCCUGGACUUUAUCGCCGCACACCCUUUCCCUGCUCCACCCACCUCACUGAGCCGCAACUCGUCCAUCGCAUCCGGCAAAUUCAGCUUCCUGACUCGCACAUCAUCACUCACAAACACGACAAAACCACUUCCCAAAACACCAGCCAAGAACUCUCCCAUGGCACCUGCCAGUAGCCCUCCCUCCCCCGCCAUCUCUGAACUCCAAGCUGCUCUCGCUGCAGAAACAUCAAGGAGGAUAGCUGCAGAGAAGAAGUUUAAAGAUCUAGAGGCUGAAUUGGAGGAUUUGUCUGCGACGUUGUUUGAGCAGGCCAAUGAGAUGGUUGCGACUGAGAGGAAGGCAAAGGCAAAGUUGGAGGCGAGGUUGAAGGUUCUGGAGGAGAGGGACGCGGUGGGGCAGAAGAGGCUUGAGAUGGUGGAGAAUGCUCUGACGAGGAUCGAGAGGGUCAAGAAAUUGUUGGAUGGAUGA